CUGGCUACUUCAGCGCCCUCUCCCUCAAAUAAAAGAAACUUGGUCGGCUACAACACCAAAACAAGCAGCAGCACCCGGCGCCGCAACGAGCGAAAUUGGCCGCCGCGCAGAGGAACAGACUACAAGACCCAGAAAAGAGGACGGGCAGCUACGACACGCAGGCCCUGCAACAGCCAGGACCCGUCCGCCUUGAGCCGUCUCGUCUCUCCCUUUCACCGCCCACCCUUCGCUCACGGGAGACGCGUGGGGCAUUGGACUCUUGCAAGGCGCCCGGCAAACCCGUCGCUGUUCGAUCGCCAGCGCGUCCGCAUUUGACAAAUCUCCGCCCAUCUCCCAGAAGAGGGAAUAAGGCUCUCCGCUCACGGUAGCAAGUUCGGGGGAGAAGUCGGAGAUUUUUCGAUAGACAUUUGAGAAACAGAACAAAACAAUCACCAGACAAGUGAGAGGAGAGGAACAAAAACAAGACAAACGCUCGCUUGCUCGGAAAAAGGGCCAGCCAGGAGGAGGGCUGAGAAGAUCGACCACGCUCGUGCCGCCGACAAACACAAGAACAGACCGCCGCAGCUUCGUUGCCCAGCAUGUCCAACAACAACGUCGGCGCCGUGUAUGAGAAGAUCAUCGAGAAUGUCCUCGAAUCAUCUACGGUCGACUUCGAGGAGAGCGGUAUCGAUCUGGCCGUCAUGCAGGAGCUCAAGCAGGUAUGGCAGCAGAGACUCUCGGCCAUGCAGGUCGCCAGCUUCCCAUGGGAUCCCAAGCCCGACCCUCCGCCCGCUCCUCAGCCGGCCGCCCCUCCGGCUGAUCCGCCGCCCGUGGCCAGCUACACGCAAGCCACUCUGAGCCCGCCGACUGGUGCUCAGGCUGCUCUUCCCAUGCCAAUGCCCAUGCCCAUGCCCGCUCCUCAGGCGCCCCCGUCUAACGGCAUGUACACCAACAAUGAGCUUGGCCCUGGUGGCGACGCUGUCGUCAAACAGGAGCACGGUAGCCAGCCGAACCCCAUGAUCCAGCACUAUCCGGGCCCGGCGCACGGCGCCCCAGGUGCCGGCCCUACAUCGCUGGCUCAGCAGCGUGCGGUACAGCAGCUCGCCAAUCAGUAUGGACAGCGCGCAGCCGCGUCUAUCAACGCGCUCAAGACUGGGCCUCCGGCCCAAGGCCAGCGACCCCAUCUCCCGCUUCCGGCCGGUCAGGCUCCCCAGAACGCGGAGCAGUAUCGCCAGCAGAUGCAGGCACAGCAACAGGCGCAGCAGGCGCAGCGUGCGCAGCAGCCCAACGGCUCCCUCGGACCUUCCCAGGUCGACGGCCCGGCCGCCGAUGACGAUGGAUUCGAGGGCGUCAUGUGCCAACGGGAGCAGGACGGGAGUCUCCGUGAGCUCGGCCGUGUCGAUAUCGAUCGCAUGAUGCACAGGCAGAUGACCGCCGCUGCCCGGCGCAUGGAAGGCGGCGGCCUGAUGGUCCCGCUCAAGGAGGCCACCAAGCACAGCAAGCGCGCAGGCAAAAUGCCCGAAACUUCGGUGUCUUCGGCGCGCCCGCGCGGCCUGCCUCAGGUGGACGGUGCUGACAAUGACAUGCGAGAGGAGGACCUGGACGACGCUAUCAACUCGGACCUGGACGAUCCUGAAGACGACCUUGACGACAGUGACGAGGACGGUGAUGAGGGCCAGCAGAUGCUGUGUCUCUAUGACAAGGUCCAGCGCGUCAAGAACAAGUGGAAGUGCACCCUCAAGGACGGCAUCCUCACCGUCAACGGCAAGGAGUACGUCUUCCACAAGGCGACUGGCGAGUACGAGUGGUAAAGCAGGGCUGCCAGCGAUGGACAGGACCGGAACAGAAUAUCGAUGCUGCAGGGAGCUGGUGGUCAGCCAGGAAGGAACCCAGGCCGUUUUUGGUUGGCAACUUCAGCUUUGGAGGCUGAUCCUCAUCGUUUCAUGGCUUCCCCUCCGUCUCCAUGUGCCGGGAAUAUAUGCCAAAGUGUCGUCUAGGUAGGCGCCUAGACAGCAGCGGCUGCUAACGACGACAUCCUUUCCUCUUCAGACCAUGGGUGGGAUUUUGGCCGUUCGUCUUUUCAUAGUUAUCCAGUCUACCACAAAGAGAUGGCGGCGGAACACAACCUAGCUUGACGAGUCUGGCAGAAAAACAAGGGCCGCCGCAUUGUCAUUUCCCGCGUGCUCUAGAUCCCCUCCAGUUUUAUUUUCCACAUGAUUUUCCCCUUCUUCUACUUCAUCUUCUCCAUUUUUUUUUAACACGUCGGCAACAGCAAUUGUGUAUCAUAUACCAAAGAACAAGAGAGAGAAAAAAACAAACAAACAGGAGACGGUGGCCUGGUUAUUUUCCUUUCUCGCAGAAAGAGUGUCUUACAGCAGCAACGCCUGGAGAAACCGCAUUUCUUUCAAUGCCUUUGUCAGCAACCAUAACGAACACACACAC